CUCAGAUGAUGAUGACGGCAGCUGGGAGAGGAGGUUAGCCGAGCUACGCUGCAUAGAUGCUCUUACUGCCGCACACAACUGAAAGCAAGAACAAGGCAAAAAUCCAAUGAUGGACGGGUUCGCAGGGGACAUACUGAGCGGCGGCCAAGCUCUUCUGGGAGAGGACAGCUCUGUGAUGGCCCGCAUGCAGAAGAAGUUCUGGAAGACCAAACAGGUCUUAAUCAAAGCCACAGGCAAGAAGGAGGACGAGUAUGUGGUGGCUUCUGACUCUGAUGUGGACGCCAAACUCGAGUUCUUUCGCUCGGUUCAGGCCACGUGCACAGAGCUGUUGAAAGUGAUUGAGAAGUACCAGCACAGGAUUACACGCUUGUCUCAGGAGGAAAACGAGCUUGGCCUGUUUCUGCGCUUCCAGGGCGAACAUGAUCGCACCAAGGCUGGCAACAUGAUGGACGCCACUAGCAAGGCCCUGUGCACCUCUGCCAAGCAGAGGAUGGCACUUCGCGCACCACUACACCGUUUGCACCAGGAAGUGGAGACUUUCAGACAGCGUGCCAUCGCUGACACACUGCUGACAGUCAGUCGUAUGGAGAAGGCCCGGACAGAGUACAGAGGAGCUCUGCUCUGGAUGAAAGACAUAUCCCAAGAACUGGACCCAGACACCUACAAACAGCUGGAGAAGUUCCGCAAGGUCCAAACCCAGGUCAGAGGGUCAAAGAGCCAGUUUGAGAAGCUGAAGAAUGAUGUGUGCCAGAAGGUGGACAUGCUGGGAGCGAGCCGCUGCAACAUGCUCUCCCACUCCCUCUGCACCUACCAGACCACUCUGUUGCACUUUUGGGAGAAGACAGCCCACGCCAUGUCUGGAAUCCACGUGGCCUUCCAAGGACACGUACCAUACCAGUUCACCACACUCAAGGACCUGAGGGAUCCACUGGAUCAGAUACUUGACUCUCCCAAAAAGGAAGAUAAAAAAAAGAAGGCUCCGCAGAGCAACACUGACAGUCUGGUAUCCUUGGAUGAUGACGAACCAUCAGGAAGUGCCUUUGCUACAAAACUCACAGACAGUGAUGAUGGAAACAGCAAAAGCAGUGACUUUGCACAUCAAAAAGCCAUCACAUCCUCUCCAGCCUCGCUGGAUCAGAGUAGAGCAGCAGCAGCAGCCUCUGACGACAGCCUGAUGCUCAUGGCCUGUGAUGAACCAAAGUCACAGCUCCUGACCCUGACGAAUGUCCCACUGCAGCCUCCGCUCCUGUCUCCUUCUGGAGACCAGAGUGAAACCUGGGGCUCUGGAAAUUUCCAGUCCAGCCUCUCUCACCUGCCUGCCUCUGAAUGUCCACCUCUAUCUGCAGGAAUGGGGCUGAGACCAGAAGAGGAGGAGCGUGAGAGGGGUGACAUGGCUUUCCUCAAAGAUCUUCUCAGCCCAGGUCCAGGGUCCAGUGAUGAGUUCAGCAGAGAGUGGCAGGAUGCUUUUGGGGUGUUUGAGCCUCCCAGAGUUCCUCCUGAAGACACAGGGGCAGGGACUGGUGGGCAAGCAGCUUGUCAGCCCAGCCCUGCAGGCUUCCUUCCCUCCCAGCUGCUGGAUCACAGUCUGAGUGCUACAGGUUGGUCAACCCCACCGAUGUUCAAAGCUCCGCCCAUGCAGCCUUCGCCUGAUCAAGGCCAAUCAGCCCAGUGGGCUCAGAGUUCUGCUGUUAAUGGUGUAGCUGCAGCUGCAGCUGCUCCUCCAGGUGGAUCCAAAGACAUGUCUGCCUGGUUUAACCUAUUCGCAGACCUGGACCCGCUUUCCAAUCCAGAUGCCAUUGGACGGUCUGCAGAUGAGCUGCUCAAUGCCUGAGGCUUUGUGUGCGUGCGUAUAUGUGUGGGCAUAGUGUAUAUCUCAAAGGAUUACAGAAACUUUCCAUGCCCGCACCCUUAGAAAAACAGUGAAAUACACACAUGUAUUUUGGUUACAAGGAGACAUGUGCUGCACGUACAAUAACUCCUAUUUCUAACUCACUGGAAAAUAACACUGAACACUGUAAAAGGACAAUGGUCUAUCAAGAUGGUUGAACUGUUGUGCUCACUGCUGCCCUCUGCAGCUGGAAAAGACAGUUCACACAACUCAAGCCGUGUGCACACAGCUAAUCUUGUGCGUUACUUUUCACUGUUAGUUUCUUAAAUGUAUGUACUGCAAAAAGAAUUGGUUAAUGGGUGUUUUGUGGACAAGAGUGCGCUUCAGUGUUUUUAUCAUGUUUGCAUUGUUAGGGUGUGUCGGUUUGCUUUGUGUACACAUCUCACAAGGUUGUCUAGGAUUUAAGUCUGUUUAAUCUGUAACGUUUGUGUGUAGUUGCACAUGUUUGUCAAAGAUGAAUGAAGAGCAUAGUGUACAUUGACAUGUACUGGAUGGAGAGUUGGAGCGUAUGAGACAAAACACGAUUGUAUCCAGACAAUGAAGCUCAAUCUGCACUAAAAUCCUUUUUCACAAAGUUUGAGUUCAUGAUGGUGAUCCUUGAGUAUCAUGACUCAGUGCAGCUGUGAGCGUGUUCAUGUGAAAAAGCCAGAAUAGUUACAUGUAACCUUUUUAAGAGCAUUAAAUAAGACAAGCAUCAA